GCGGGACCCCCGUUAGCUCUCCAGGAAAGUUAAUCUGCUUUAAAAAACAGCCCCGCCCUCCCCUUUGUGGCGCGUGGGAAUGAGCGUCACUGACUUAAAAACCGAGCGGUCACGCUCAACGCGCGGAAGGUGUUCCCCGGGCGCGGCGUGCUUUCGCCUGCCUGCGCUCAGGAGCGCGCCCCUGCACAGGGCAAAGCUCGACCUGCCUCUUAGUGUUAUUUGGGGGAUCUAGUUUUGACAAAAGUAAUUCAGCAACUUAAGUCACAUUUUUAUUGUCAGCCCAGAGACUGUAUCGUAAGCAAGCAGAUUUGGAGAGACAGACAGACAGAUAUGGAUGACGAGCCUGAAAGAACUAAACGCUGGGAAGGGGGUUAUGAAAGAACAUGGGAGGUUCUCAAAGAAGAUGAAUCUGGGUCACUGAAAGCAACUAUAGAGGACAUUCUCUUUAAGGCUAAGAGAAAAAGACUCUUUGAACACCAUGGGCAAGUUAGACUUGGAAUGAUGCGUCACCUUUAUGUGGUGGUAGAUGGAUCAAGAACUAUGGAGGACCAAGAUUUAAAACCUAACAGGCUUACUUGUACCUUAAAGUUAUUGGAAUAUUUUGUUGAAGAAUACUUUGACCAAAAUCCUAUUAGUCAGAUUGGUAUAAUUGUAACUAAGAGUAAAAGAGCUGAAAAGCUGACAGAACUUUCAGGAAACCCAAGAAAGCAUACAACUGCUCUGAAGAAAGCUGUAGAUCUGAGCUGCCAUGGAGAACCAUCUCUGUAUAACUCUUUAAAUUUGGCCAUGCAGACUUUAAAGCACAUGCCAGGACAUACAAGCAGAGAGGUUUUGAUUAUCUUCAGUAGCCUGACAACGUGUGAUCCAUCUAAUAUCUAUGAUCUAAUUAAGUGUUUAAAGGCAGUUAAGAUCAGAGUAUCUGUCAUCGGCCUAUCUGCUGAAGUUCGAGUUUGUACUGUACUUGCCCGAGAAACGGGUGGAACAUACCAUGUAAUUUUAGAUGAAAGCCACUAUAAGGAGCUGCUGAUGCAUCAUAUUAGCCCUCCACCUGCCAGUUCAAGUUCUGAAUGCUCCCUUAUUCGAAUGGGGUUUCCUCAGCAUACCAUUGCGUGUCUCUCUGAUCAGGAUGCUAAACCAUCAUUUAGCAUGGCGCACUUGGAAAACAACAGUGAUCCAGGUCUCACGCUGGGUGGAUAUUUCUGUCCCCAGUGUAGAGCCAAAUACUGUGAACUCCCUGUGGAAUGCAAAAUCUGUAGUCUUACAUUAGUCUCUGCACCCCAUCUGGCUCGGUCUUACCAUCACCUGUUUCCUUUGGAUGCCUUUCAAGAAGUUACACUGGAAGAAUAUAAAGGAGAACGCUAUUGUCAAGGCUGCCAAGGGGAGAUUAAAGAUCAACAUGUUUACAUUUGUAAAGUCUGCCAGAAUGUAUUUUGUAUGGAAUGUGACUUAUUUGUUCAUGAGUCUCUGCACUGCUGUCCUGGCUGCAUUCACAAGGAUCCUGCUCCUCUGGGUGUAUGAUACCAGGUGUUUGUAGAGAUUGUCCAACCUGUUUCAUUCUUGCACAAAGAGUCAAAUUAGACUAUUCAACCACAGACUUCAGUAAGGCAACUCAAAAAUGGGAAGAAAUACCUAGAUGAAUGCGGUAAACACACUUUUUAGUUAACGUAUAGAAUUGGAAUAUUUAAAUUCUCACGGUUAAUGUUUAUAAAAAUAUCUGCAUCAUCUGAUUCAUUUCCCUAACUUGUUUUGAAAGCCUUUGACUUAUUUGAGAGUCAUGCUAAAUAAAUGUGUAAAUCUG